CCCUGCGCCGCAAUAAAAACCACAGCAUCCCCUUCAACCUGAAAAUCCGCGUCUUUACUCCUCCAUACCCAUUCACCUCUUCCGCAUCAAAUCUUCUAAAUGGCGCUGUUCACCAUGAUUUACACCACUUUCGUCUUCUGGUUGACCCUUGUGGCCGCCCAGGGCCCCUUACAAAGACCCGCCGUUCAUCCCGUGCCAGGCCGAGCAACUUCACAAGGCUGCUUCGGGUCGCUCUCGGCUUCUGCGAGUGGUGAGAGGAUGAAAUAUCCCGCUUCGGGCGUGUGUUGGCAACGCUGCAGACAGGAAGGAAAGGCCGUCAUGUUGUUGCACAUGGUGAAUUGUUACUGUGCUGACACGUACCCACCUCGGCUCUCAAUCCUCGAAGACGAAAAGUGCGAUUAUGAGUGUUUCGGUUAUGGUUUUGAGGCGUGUGGUAGCGCACAAGCCUACAGUGUCUUCAAUACGGGCCUGAAAAUGGCUGUGGAAUCCGAUCCUGAUGCUGUCGACGAGCCUGAGCCUGCCAGCUCUUCUGCUUCAGCUUCAACAACUUUCGCCAACAUCGGACAGCCUACUCCAACUUCUUGUACUCCGGUCUUGACAUAUGUCGAACAUUUCGCUGAUGAGGUCUCAACGGCAGUCGCCAAGUUCGCUAAGAUGAUUCAAGACUUUUUUGACAAGUGCAUCGGUCGUCCAGGAUCGAAUCCGACGAAAUUGUCGAGCGGGGGAACGGAAGUGAUGCAAGAAGCGAUGGAUCUUUAGGUCUAUAAAGCACCGCGCGAAUUACUAUUAUUAAAUACCACCGAUUGCUUCAGCUCCAGUGAGACCAUCUCAAGCCUUGCCGAUACUCAUACCCAAUCUGCGACCCUUCAGAGUCAAUGAUAUAACCAGCUUCACACUUUGUGAAAGUCACUUUAACCUGAUCUUCGUAAAACGCAUUGAACUGUGGUUGCAGCGCAUCUUCCAAGGUUUCGACACCUCCCUCCGGAUGCAGGGUCCUCC